ACUGUGACGUUAGCAAUCCCACAAAUGAUAUUCACAGCGAUGCUGACGUUUAAAACUUCACGCCUUGAGUCGACACCUCUUAUUUCUGUUCGACAGAUUCACAAAAGUGGAAGUUAAAAAGCGAACGGGAAAUUGUGCUUUGAAACAAGAAGACCAAUAUUUUUCGAUGGAUUCUUUGCUACUGUGGACUUUAACAAUAAGCCUAAUGUUCGCCGGCGGCCAAUGUUAUUCCGAAUCAACGUCUUGCAGUACCGUCAAUGGCAAGACGAUCUGUGAAUCACAGAAGGGUGCCGGAAAUGUUGCCGGAUCUUCUUCUAGUGCUUACACUGGACGGGGCGGAAGCUAUCAAGAUGCCAACGCCAUGACUGGCAACACUUAUACAGGGCAGUCUUCAUCUUCUCGAAGCGCAGCUGGAAAUGCGGCACCACCAGGAUUUGUGCCAAAUUUUGGAGGUUUUCCCUUCUCAUUUGGAGGUCCAACAUUUGGUGGCAGUUCUUCCAGCUCCGUCUAUCCUAGUACUAGUGAAACUGGAAACAUGGGUACUGGUAGUACUUUCGUUACCAGUACGAGUGGUUCAGAUUUCACAGGUACUGGGGGCGGAUUUGCUGGAUCUGCUGCUGGUGAAUUUCCUGGAACUGCUGCUGGUGGAUUUGCUGGAGCUGCUGCUGGUGGAUUUGCUGGUUCUGGUGGUAGUGGUGUAUUUGUUGGUGGAGGUUUUCCCUUCUCAUUUGGAGGUGCCACGUUUGAUGGCAGUUCUGGCAGUCCCGCCGGUCCUAGUGCUAGUGACACUGGAAACACUGGCAGUGGUAGCACUUUCGCUACUAGUGCGAGUGGCUCAGAUUUCUCAGGUGAUGGUGGCGCAUUUGCUGGAUCUGCCGUUGGUGGAUUUCCUGGAAUUGCAAAUGGAGGAUUCGCUGGAGCUGCUGCUGGAGGAUUUGCUUUUUCUGAUAAUAGUGGUGUAUUUGUUGGCGGCCCUCCCCAAAAUGUGUUUGGUCCUGGCUUUCCUUUCUCUUUUGUGUUUGGAAGAAGACGCUGAAUCAAGGUCGAAUGAUUCGCUGUCUCGGCUGAAAAAGGAACGUUACAAGGUAUAUUCCUGUAAGAAAAACUUCAAAAAAAUUAAUAAAUAAAGCAGCCAUAUUCUAAAGCAUAUUCUAAAAUCUCUUUAUUGAUUGAAUUUCAGUUUUUCGUGGCAGUAACUUUUAAACUUUCUAGUGUAGUACAUUUAGUUUACAAAAUGGGAUAUUGAAUGCUUAAUAAAUGAUAUAAAAAUUCU